AUGAGUAAUGGUAUAUUAAUUUACAUUUUUAAAGUCUUGGAACUCCAAAAGAAAUGGAAAUCAUUUCGAGAUAGUUUCCGCCGUAAAUGUAUUACAAAACCUGGACAAGCAUCUAAAAAAUCAACUCCUUAUAUAUAUGCAAAUAUAUUAGGAUUUUUAACACCAACUAUGCAAAAUCGAAUGAUCGAAAGUAAUGUAGAGCAGAGUGAUGAUGAGGAUUCUGAGGAACAGGAUGGAGAAACCGAAGACGUGGGACGACAUCGAUGUGGAGGAGCAACAGCCACGAAAAAAAAAACCCUGAAGAAGACUCCCCCAUCAAAUUUUGGACCCUCGUUAUUAAAAAUUUUAGAAAACAGGAAACAAACACCAGAAGACCCGGAAAAGUAUUUUUUAUUGUCGUUACUCCCUCAAAUUAAUUCGUUAACAGAAGACCAAAAAUCAAUGGUGUAUAUUGAAUUUUUAAAUGCUAUUCAACGAGUUAAACAUAACACAUCUGCUAUCCCUCGUUUCUAUCCUUAUACCCCAAUUAAUCAACCCAACUCAUACUUUUCUCAGCAACAUCUUUCUUCUCCUGGAUAUUACCAUACCAACGAUUCACAAAACGUGCCUACAGCUAUUAUAAAUUCUACUAUUAGUUCUUCUCCAAUUCUACAUGAUGAAUCCAGUAACUUUCCGCAACCUUCUUCUCCUGCAAUUAAUUCAACUAAUAAACAAAAUUAUCAUUAUGACCAUUUUUCACACAUGUCUUCUCCUGUUACUCAAAAUGUUUCUACACUUCCUACACAUCAUGCUCAUCGCUAUACAAACAAUUACCCUCUGCCUAGUUCUCCGUACAAUAAUUUCAAUAAUACACCAUGA